CCUGACAUUAGUGGCACCGCCCAGCAUCAGUCAAGGACACGUGGCCCACUCCAAAUCCAUCUUUUGCAAUUUUACUUUCCCCCAAAAACCCUGCACAAAACCCUAAUCCUCCUGUUCCCAGUACUUCCCACUUGCCACUAAUAAUUUCGCUCUCUUCCCCCUUCUUCUUUCCUUUUUCAAAAAUCUUUCACUCCACAGCUCAUCACUCACUCUCCUUCCUCCUUAAUGAUCUCUCCUUCUCCACCAUUUUCACCUGAAAACUUAAGAUAUGUUUCGUUUAACUCUCUUCUUCACAUCUUCACUCCUUCUAAUGGCACUACACCACACUACCUCGCAUUUAGGCGUCGGUCCUCACAUCGCCGAUGUAAACAUACUCUUGCCUCCCAAAAUGACUCACCCUGUUGAGUAUAGACUUCAGGGCAGCGAUGGUUGCUUCAAAUGGUCAUGGGACCAUCAUGAUAUAUUAUCAGUGUUGCCGGAGUUUAAUUCGAGCAGCCAUUGCUCAAUGAGUGCGCGAUUGAAGUCCAUUGCUCCUUUUGGCGGCCGAAAGGAGACUGCUGUUUAUGCGACUGAUUUGAAUACUGGAAUGGUGAUUCGUUGCAAGGUUUAUAUAGAUAUGGUCUCUAGGAUCCAGAUAUUCCAUAACUCUGUCAAGCUUGAUCUUGAUGGUCUUGCUACUCUUCGCGUCCGUGCCUUUGAUAGUGAAGAAAAUGUUUUUUCCUCCUUGGUGGGCCUUCAAUUUAUGUGGAAAUUGAUGCCUGAAACCCCUGGAUCACCGCAUAACCUUGUGCACGUUCCUUUGAAGGACUCUCCAUUAAGCGAUUGUGGUGGCUUGUGUGGCGACUUGGAUAUCCCAGUAAAGCUUGAAGAAAGUGGUGUAUUCUCGGAUUUGUAUGUGGUGAAAGGCACUGAAAUCGGCCAUGAGAUUGUAUCUGUUAAUUUGCUAGAACCAUCAUUGGAGCACUUGGCAGACAAGAUUGUUUUGACAGUUGCAGAAGCAAUGUCUCUAGAUCCUCCAUCACCUGUAUAUGUCCUCGUCGGUGCUGUUGUCCAUUAUACUGUUAAAGUUAUCCGUAGUAAUACUCCAGAAGUUGUAAGUUUGCCAUCCCCAUUUCAUCAGUGGUCUGUUUUGAACUCUUCAGUUGCUCAAGUGGACAGAGCAUUGGGUACAGUUCAAGCAUUGAACUUGGGGGCAACAACAAUUGUUGUUGAAGACACUAGGGUUGUUGGACACAUGCAGAUAUCAUCUCUUCAUGUUGUCUUGCCUGAUAAUUUAUUAUUAUUUCUGUCACCUCUUUCUCCUUCUGGUGGUCAUAUUGAGGGUGUCAAGCCUAUUUCCUCUGUAUCACGCUGGUAUGUUGUGGCUGGGCGACUGUAUCUUGUUCAUGUUAAGGUUUUUUUGCCAGGACCUGGUGCAGAAGAAAUUUUUAUAACAGAAAGUGAUGAGAUAGAGCUGCACGACAAUCAGGAUGAAUUCUGGAAUAUGCUCCCAGUUUCAGAAGGUCUUACAACUAAGAAGAAUUAUAGACUUCUAAGUGCGAAUUCAUAUGGAUUGGGAAAGCUUACAGCAACUUUAGCUUACAGCACAGGUCAUGAUGUAAGGAAAGAAGUUGUCAAGGUUGUUCAAGAAGUUAUGGUAUGUGACCAAGUUAAAUUCAUUAUGGAAGGAGACAGUAGUAUUUCUCACAGAGUUCUCCUCCCAUGGGUCCCUGGUGUCUAUCAGGAGCUGGAGCUUAAAGCAAGUGGAGGUUGCGCAAUGUCCUCCAGUGACUAUAAGUGGUUUUCUUCGGACAUGACUGUUGCUUCUGUAUCUGUCUCUGGUAUUGUUCAGGCAAAAAGGCCUGGAAAAACAACUAUUACAGCAGUGUCCAUCUUUGACUCAUUGAAUUAUGAUGAGAUGGUUGUUGAAGUUUCUACCCCCUCAUCGAUGGUCAUGCUGCCUAACUUUCCCGUGGAGACGCCUGUUGGGACACAUCUUCAAGCUUCUUUAACAUUGAAAGCGUCGAGUGGUGCCUAUUUCUACGCAUGUGAUGCUGUCAGGUCCUCUAUAAGAUGGAAAACCGAGAGCGACUCUUUCUUAAUUGUAAACUCAACUGACGAAGUUUUUGCUUCAGACAAGCAAGAAGCCGUGCAUUCCUCAUCUUUUGGUCCUCCAUGUGCAUGGACCCACAUAUAUGCUUCAAGUACUGGUAGAACUGUGGUGCAUGCAACAUUGACUAGAGAAAGUCAACAGUAUGACCAUUUCAGUAGUGGAUCUAUUGUUUUGAAAGCGUCCUUGUCCAUUGCUGCCUAUUCACCACUUAUUGUGCAUCAGGCAAGUGAUGGGAACCAGUUUGGUGGCUAUUGGUUUGAUUUGGCACGUACAGAAUCUCAGCAUCAGCUGAACAAUUUAGAUCAUUUAUAUCUUGCGCCAGGCACUCAUUUGGACAUAAUGCUUCAUGGUGGACCAGAAAGGUGGGGCAAAGAUGUUGAAUUUAUUGAAACUGUGGAAGUAUUGGAUGAACAGAUUUCUUAUGUGAAAGAUGGAAUUUUCAUCCAUCAAAUGUCCACCAACUAUGGUAAUCCAUACAGAAUAGGAUGCAAAAGCUUGGGAACCUUUAAACUUAUUUUCAGACGUGGAAACUUAAUUGGGGAAGACCAUAAUUUGCCUGCUGUGUCUGAGGUGCAAUUAUUAAUUAUGUGUAGCUUUCCAUCUUCAAUUGUGAUAAUAGUUGAUGAAGCUUUGAAUACUCCUUCAGUUAUACAGUUGGCAGCUCGGGCUGAUCGCACACCUGGAGGAAUUCGUACCUCUCCAGUCACAGUAGCCAAUGGACGCAGAAUAAGAAUGUCAGCUGUUGGUCUGAGUGAUUCUGGGAAAGCUUUUGCAAAUUCAUCUUCUCUCAGUUUAAAAUGGGAACUAACUGAAUGUGAAGGGUUGGCUCUUUUGGACGAUGCUUACAAUUCAGCAGUAUAUUCCAGUUGGGAAAGAUUUUUGAUUUUGCAAAAUAGAUCUGGUGUGUGCAUUGUGCGAUCCACUGUUAUUGGUCUUAUUGAUUCUCUUAGCCAUUCUGAUUUUGCCACAAUGUUUGAAGCUUCUACAAAUUUUCUUGUCGAUGCUAUCCAGCUGCAGCUUGUUUCUUCUAUUAGAGUCAGUCCUGAAUUCAGCUUGUUGUUUUUCAGUCCGGAAACUAGGUUGAAUAUUUCUAUAACCGGAGGGAGCUGUUUCUUUGACACGCUGGUAAAUGAUACUCAAAUUGUCGAAGUAACACAACAACUACCUGCUUAUGAGUGUUCACAACUAGUGUUGGCUCCUAAAAGCCUGGGGUCAGCACUUGUGACAAUUCAAGAUAUCGGGCUUGUUCCUCCUCUGGCUGCAUCUUCUACAGUCCAAGUUGCAGAGAUGGACUGGAUUAAGAUUUUAGCAGGAGAACGCAUAAGCAUUGAGGAGGGGAGUAUUCAGUCUAUAAACUUUUUGGUUGGGGUUGCUGAUGGCCGUAUUUUUGACCCUUCUCAGUACAUUUACAUGAGGAUUCGUGUUCAUAUUGCAGAAAGUAUAGUUGAGGUUGUGGAGAAUUAUGAUUUUCCAAUACCAACUGAUGGUUUUGUGCAGGCGCCAAAUUUCACAUUACAAGCUAGACGUCUUGGGGUUACAAACAUAUAUCUUAGUGCUAUCCAACAUUCUGGGAUUGAAAUAAUGAGUCAGAUAGUUAGUGUGGAAGUAUACGCCCCACCAAGAAUACAUCCCAGUAAUAUAUUCCUUGUACCAGGAGCAUCAUAUAUGCUCACAGUAAGAGGAGGCCCUGAAAUUGCUUCACGUGUUCAGUAUGCCAGUAUGGAUGAUCAGACUGUUAACAUUCACAAGUUCUCAGGACGUGUCUUGGCAAUUUCGCCAGGAAACAGUACCCUAGUCGCCACAAUAUAUGGUGAUGGUGAUAUCUUGCUUUGUCGAGCAUAUGGCAAAGUUAGCGUAGGGAUUCCUUCAUCAGCUGUUUUAAAUGCUCAAAGUGAACAGCUUGCUGUUGGCCGCAGGAUGCCAAUACACCCUUCUUUGUCCGAUGGGAAUUUGUUUUCCUUCUAUCAGCUCUGUAACAAUUUUAAGUGGGCUGUGGAGGACAAAGGUGUAUUGGAUUUUCAGGAGGCAAACCAUGCACAUAUUGUAGGGCAUAGCGCUGUGAAAACAUAUCAAACUGACUCCUUGGAUGGGCAAGACCUUAAUUUUAUUCAAGUUCUGCAUGGAAUAUCUGCCGGCAAGACGAAUAUUGCAGUUUCAUUCUCUUGUGAUUACAAAUUGUCUAAUUCAUUCUCGAAGUCAAUGUUCUAUAGUGCAUCUAUGUCAUUGUGGGUGGUCCCGGAUCUUCCACUUGCUCUUGGAUCACCAAUUACUUGGAUCCUCCCUCCUCAUUAUACCUCAUCAGAUCUAUUACCUUCAUCUUCACAUGUCUACAGUAAAGGGGAUUCAUUGAGUGACAAAGGUAUCACUUAUUCAUUGUUAACACAGUCCAAGAGGAAGAAUGAUGAGAUGGGAGAUGAUGAUAUAUAUAUUGAUGGGGCUAAAAUUAUAACUAAGGAGUUGGGCAAUCUUGCAUGCAUUCACGCAAAAGACAGGUCAACUGGGAGGACUGAAGUUGCAUCUUGUGUUAGGGCUGCGGAGGUGGCUCAAAUCAGAAUAAUGGCAGAUGAGUUUCCAGUUCUCAUGCUGGCUGUAGGAGCUGAACUCGAUCUUCAAACCAAAUACCAUGAUUCUCUUGGAAAUCCUUUUCACGAGGCUCAUAACAUUACGCUGUUUGAAGUGGAAACUAACUAUCCUGAUAUUGUGUCAAUUGACAAAGGUGAUGGUCAUGGAAACAUCCAUCUUUGGGCAAAAAGCCAGGGAAUGGCUCUGGUUCAAAUAGCUUUUGUAAGUAAUCCUCAGAAAUCAGUCUAUGCGGUGAUUUGUGUUGGUCCUCAGCUGUAUCCCCAGAAUCCCGUCAUCCACAAAGGAAGUGGUCUUAACUUCAACAUAAAAGGACUGAGUGAUUCUGCAUCAGGCCAGUGGUUCAGUGCCAACGAAAGUAUUCUGCUUGUUGAGAGGCUAUCUGGAAAAGCUGAAGCUAUAGGAGAAGGUACCACCCUUGUUCGCUUUGAGAGUUCAACUUCUAAGCUUCAUACUACAGUUACUGUAUUGAAAGGGAAUGUCGUGUCCGUUGAUGCUCCCAGGGAGAUACUCACAAAUGUGCCAUUUCCAGCGAAAGGAUAUGCUUUCUCUGUAAAAUUCAGUGAUGCUCACAACCAUCCACAUGAAGCUUCCGGGACCAACAUGCUAUUCUUGUUUGACUGUGAAGUUGAUCCACCUAACAUUGGUUUUGUUAAACCCUGGAAGGAUCUUGACACUGGUAAUUCAUAUUGCUUGUUCUUCCCCUACUCUCCGGAGCAUUUGGCACGUUCAGCUCCCAAUUCGGGUGAUACUCUUCAGCAGGUUUCUGUUUCUGUUAGGGCUUCACUUAGAGGAGACCAUCACAUUUCUGGUUCUGCAUCUGCGCUCUUCAUUGGAGGAUUUACUAUUCUUGGAAUGGACAAAAAAUUGUUGCGUCUGAAUCUAACACGAGACUCCAGCGAGAGUGUUGUAACAAUAAUUGGGAAUAGAGAUGUUGAAGUUAACUGGCAUGAUAAGAAUCGCCUGUCUGUCAGGCCCAUCCAUGGUGCAGAUCCUGCAGUCGGAAAAUAUGUUCAAUACGAGGUCAAAGUUCGUGGAGCUGAGAGAUUCCAAGAUGAACUUACCUUCUCACUACCAGCCACAGGUCAGAGUGUUGGAAUUAAUAUUAGCUAUGUCCCUGAGGAGAGCAAAGCAGUAGCAAAACCAGCAAAUGUGACUGUAUGGGCUGGUGCAUCUGGUCUUCUCAUUCUGUUGAUAUUGACAGUGACUUUCAUCAUAUGUUACCUUGAUAGACCAGAUAGAUCUGGACCACCUGUUGCUUCCAGCAGUCCAAGUAUUGCAGCACCUGCGACUCCUGAGCGCAGUAGUCCUGCUAUUAUAAAUGACCAGUCUCCUCGGACACCACAGCCAUUCAUAGACUACGUUAGAAGGACUAUAGAUGAAACUCCGUAUUACAGGCAAGACUUUAGGAGGAGGGCUAAUCCACAAAAUACAUUCUAGCUUAAUGGUCAAGAUUUUACUGUCUACUAUGGGUCGCAUUGUCUUCAAAGUGAAUUUAACUUGAAAGUUGAAGAAUUAUGUCGAGAAAUCUGUCCAUACUGCAUAGACAUCUAAUGUAUCAUUUGUGUAAUUCAGGUUCUGUUUGGUAGGAAAUUACAGUGUACUAGGGAUGAAGUCUUAUUGUAGUUAUGGUGGAUAAACUGCAUUAAGUGGCUCUGGGAAGUUGUUGGCUACAUUGUAUCAAUGUGUUAAGCUUGGGAUA